UUUUUUAUAAGCUCCCGAAGAAAAAGUGAUGAAUGCUAAAGCUGGGACAGUUAACAUGGGCCAAUUCUGUAACAAAGAAUCCAGAACUCUGAUCAUUCCCUCUCCACCGACCUAGCAAUCCAGAACUCUCAUUCAUAUCUUCUUCUUCCCCACCCUUCUCUCUUUCUCUAAGUUGCAGAGUGAAUUCAAAUGGCGGAUUCAAAACUUUGCAUCUUCUUAAUUAAUGAUUUGGAAGAGGUCAAGGAUAUUGUUCUCUGUUUUUGAGUGGAAAAGCCUCAAAACCUAAUUAGAAGAUUUCAAGAGAAGAUGAAUUUGAAUCCUAGGGCAUUUAUUUUAAGUUAGAAGCAGUAAGAAAUGGCAUCUGGGGUUUCAAAUUCAACAAACAAGAAAAGAACAAGUGGAUGAUAUUCAGCUGAUAGGUCUCUUUCCUCAUACAAUUUCUACUAAUUGGGUUCUUCUGAUCCUGCUAAAAUGGUUGAUCUCACACUUAUUCUAGGAGCUAUUGGUGAAGGAAUUGUUUGUUUGGAUGGAAGUAAUGAAGAUGGAAGCGAGAGAAUUCUCACAGAAAAUGGCAGCAUAACAAGCCCUAACUCAAUAUCUCUCAUAUGGGAUAAAUGCCAAAGUACCUGGAGUGACCAGACGUUUCUUCAACAAAAGGAAGAGUUUAUUGAUUUAGCUAGAGCUUAUGUCAGUCAUUCAUCUAUCAUUUGGUGUUGCUGGUUUACUGUUGUUCAUUGGGUACGACGACCAUGGCUACCACAUGACAGGCAACAUUUCCCACCAACUUCGUACACGGGCGAAUAUCGUUAUGACGUUAUCUAUCUAAGCUGGGUUAGCAUCCAUAUAUACGUAGUCUUUGCGGCAACCGAAGCACGCGAGACUGUGUGUAUGAGUACUAACCCACCACUAUGUAGAGCUGCAAAAACGAUGAUACCUUCAUCGAACUGCCAAUUGGUGUUUAAUCCUGGAGUCUCAUAUUCAAUUACUGGUGUUUUGCUUAAAUCAAGAGCCUGAUUUUUCAUCAUUUGGCAAUGAAACAGUGAUGGAACUUGGAUCAUUUAGAGCAAAGCGUGACAGAAAGACUCUAUCUCAACGAAUAUUCAUGGAACAACGGUGAGUUAUCUCUUUUUUCAUUUGAAUGAUGGUUAAUUACCUUUACCUUUUUCGCAACAGUAGACAAUAUUAAGAUAAUUUUGCAUGUAAUACAGCAGCAAAUGUUGUCUUCCUAUAGGCACCAGCUGGUGUUGGAAUUUCAUAUUUGAAUACCAACCAAACCAUCAUUAACUUGGAAGGAAUUGAUGCAAGUACAUGCUUAUUUGCAGUUAAGUAUGUAUUACUGUGCUAUGAAUUCUUUCAUCUAGGUUAAUGGAUUUGUCUUUGAUUGGACUCGAUUAAGGUCAUGUUUUCCAUAGGCUUUCACAGCUCCAAUAUAUCUCCCAUAUAAAAAUCCAAUCAAUAGACGUACUUAUCUUUCAAUUGGCAACAACUUUGUCUGCUAUUGCCAGUUCCACUUCAACUUCUAAUUUCAAUCCUCUUGGUUUCUUCCUGCUAUAGUGCAUCUACAUAUAUGCAUCUGCUUCGCAACCAAGAAGAAAAUUAAUGAACUUCUAAUAUCCGAAAGGAUCGGUAUUGUCUUCUGAUCCUGCCUUCAAAUAUACUUAAUUCGUUAAUUAGUUUCAACUCCUCCAAUUCACAUUUUGUUUAGUUAUUGUUGUUUUUUGUAGUGCUACUGUGUGUGUUUGUUCAAGUUGAUUUACUUAUGCACUUCGAAGAAACCCCAUGUCUAUGUGGUUAUUACUAGUUUUUUGACUAAGUUGUGCGCCACUUUGGUGCAAUUCUUUGAUACUGACCACAAUUUCGUUUGAUACGGAUCACAGUAAAAGAUACAAAAUUUGUCUAAUUGUUCUGCACGGGUAAGUCAAUGUCAUCCCUUUGUAUCUUUACUGUUAAGGUGCUAAACUUAUGGUUCCUGGGUUGUUGAGGUUUGAGAUUGGUAUUGAAAACGGCGAGGAGAUUGUUCUGAUGACUACUAAAGGGGAAGCAAUUGUGUUGUGUAUUGGUGAGAUGACUACUGCUGUGCUGGCAACAUGUGAUAAUGGUGCGGUGCCUAAGAUAAGAGGGUUGUCAUGGAUAGGAUACUUAUCCAAGGAAAUGGGGAUUGGGACCAAGGGUUUCCACGAAGAGGAAACUAGUUGCAGAGGGGAAAUUGCUGCUGAAACUAACUGCUGAGUGGUCUAGAAAUGUGAUUCUCCCAGCUGGAGUGGAUACUACGGUGGCAGGACUUGCUGCUGCAGGUGAACCAGUGGCAGCCAAGGUUGAUGGUGAGUUAGUCGAUGAGGAGAAGAAAAAGAAGAAGAAGCGAAAUGUAUCGAUGGCCCUGUAACUUCCAAGCAGGUAAAGGUUGGUGAGGAUGGUUAGAAGAAGAGUGAGAAAAAGAAAAAGAAGGGUGAGGAAAAUGGUGAAUCUGAACCUUAAACUCCUGUAGAGAAGAAAUUCGAGUUGAAGAAAAAGAAGAAAGACAAGCAAGUUGAACCUGCAACCUCUGUAGAAGAGAAGUCUGAGGGGGAAAAAAAAAGAAGAAAGAAGGUCGGGAGGAUGCGACUAAGACUAAGGUAUAGGAAGAUAAAAGUGAGACAAAGAAGGGCAAAGGGUCAGAUGCUGAUAAAUGAACAAAAAUGAAACUCUCUAUCUAUAACCGAUGCAGGAUCCGAGCAAGUUUGAUGACUUCGGGUCAUGUAUAAGACUAUGCAUGUUCUUUCACAUUUUGUCUUCUUACCUUUUAAGUUAGGUUACACUCUUACAGAUUUUGUAAUCCUUGGUAUGUUUUCUGCAGUACCUUAUUUACUUAUUAGUAAUGCACAAUGAUAGUUGUCUGUGUGUGAGUUUUACUGGAUUUUUGGUAUAACUUUUUUUUUGGGGUA